ACGCCUCAAGGCAGGCAAAGCAACCGUCCGACACCCGAGACAGAAGCUUUCGAUCAUCCAACGACGGUGUGACCUCCGUGAACCACACCAACGGUCAUGAAAAUAGCACGUUAGACAGAUCGUACCACAAAGUUACAAGUCUGAAAAUUACCCACAAUGCACUUGAUGAAAGCCUCCAGCCAUUUAAGACUGCGGUGACCGAGCAAUACUUUGACAUCUACCAGGAGAUUCUGGCAAGCUUCUCGGAAGCCAUGACCAACGCGUCCUUGAUCUUCUUUCUCUAUAGCGGAAGUCUGAUGGGCUCGUGGCGCCACCACAGUAUUGUUCCCUGGGAUGAUGAUGUGGACGUGGCAAUUUGGGACCAGGAGAAAGAGUUGGUGCUACAAGCUCUGAAUCGCCUCCAUCCCAACUUUUCUCUUGAUGUCUCCACUCAUUCGCGCUGGAAGUUCUACUCUGCUCGAUCGACCGCCAUCGACAGGGUAUCUUGGAAAUGGCCGUUUCUAGACAUCAGUUUCUAUCAAGAGAACAGCACCCAUGUGUGGGAUUGUGACCCAUCAUACAAGUCUUUUAUCUUUCCGAGGGAUGAUAUAUUUCCGUUGUACGACCGACCUUUCAUGGACAUGAUGCUGCCAGCGCCGAGAAACACUAAGACCGUGUUGGGUCUCACCUACAUCCUGAAGGACUGCACCACAGGCUGGUACGACCACCGCCAUGAGGUCGCCAAAGUGGAAAAGCAAGUGGCUGUACCUUGUGAGGACUUGCACCACGUCUUCCCCUUUGUCAACCGUCAGGCUCUGGGAGGCGGUCAGAAUGGUUGUAACGAGAGCCUUACCCUAAAUGGAACUGUACUGUCUUGGGUCGUGCUGGACUCUUCGCAAUGUUGAGUAAGACUUCUGACAGUUAUGUACACUACCUCAGUAAGCUGGAAAUUAGAAUACAUCCUCUAGAAAAUUGCUCUCGAAAUAUUCACGACCAAGUGAAUUCGUAGCAACAUCAGCUUCACUAAUUUAUACUGCAGCUGGGAAACUGUGGCAGAAAAGUGAUCGUGUCAAAGCAUAGCAGGCCGAUGUUUAUUAAACGAACUACAACAAACCUUUUCAGUCACUUCAGAACACUAGAAGAGGAAUGUAAAAGAAACGCAAAAUUUCUUAGGUGUCAGUAACUUGAUAUUUAUAUUCAAUAAUAAUAAUGAAUUUUACUAUAACUGGCUUCAAUUUUUAUAAUUUCAGUCCUUAAUAAUUGGUCUGAUUUUAUUUUACAGCAAUAGAGUUUAUUAUUGAAACACUUUCAGUAAAAUGUCUGAAACUAAUAACCUGUGAACUAUGAGAACGACCCACCGCUUGGGACUGUAAAGUUUUAGAAAUCAAUUAAAAAAAGCAACAUUCGUUGGCAAACCUAGACCAGUAGUAAUGAGUGUUACGUGGACAUAAAUCAAGGAAGACACCGACCUGGAGGAUGUGGCUCGGCUGUCACGUGAAUCACGCAGUCACGAGGCUUAAUUCCAGUCCCACCGCCACCUGUCGAUGUUCAUUACCUGUGUGUUCGUCUCGUGGGAAGCAGUGUGCUCGGUGCUUUGCGGGACUUGUGUUUCCAUCUCAUCACAGUGUAACUCAUCAGACCAGGGUCCAGACGUCUGCUCCUGCUCUUAUCUAUCAACUACUGUUUCACUUUCUUUUGAAAGUGAAAACCACGGAUACACAAUGUGUCCUUCUUUUCGAAGUGUGUCACAGUUCAAACCGUUUUUAAUACUUGCGGCUUUGAUCACAGCAGAAACUGUUCUUCUUCUGCACACCAUGUCUCUGUACAGACAAAGCCUUAGAUCACCACCCUACACAGUGACCUCAACAAACCUGACCACUCAGUCUGAUAAUUUGAUUGCAACAGGAUUGUUUCAUACUUUUAUUACUCUCAAAACUCUCAAUGUGAAACUGGAUGAAAACCUCAAGCCACUACAGCCCAAGGUGGCAGAGCAGGAUAUGUUCCUUCUCCAGGAAAUCGUCGCAACUUUCUCAAUAGCAAUGACUAAGGCGUCCUUGACCUUUUUCCUCUACAGUGGAAGUCUGCUGGGGUCGUGGCGCCACCACGGCCUGGUGCCCUGGGAUGAUGACUUGGAUGUUGCUGUCCCGUCAUGGCAGAAGGAUGCCGUGGCUCACGUGUUGAAUGGCCUCAAGCCGCACUUUCUUCUUGAUGUCUCACAAGGAGUCAGAUGGAAGCUCUUCUCCGCUCGGUCUCAUGCUAUCAGUAGGGUCACUUGGAAAUGGCCGUUCCUGGACAUCACAUUCUACGAGGAGAACAGAACGCACAUGUGGGACCAAGACCAACACUUCAGGGACUUCGUCUUUAACAAAGAAGACGUGCUUCCAUUGUCUGAGCGUCCUUUCAUGGACAUGAUGCUGCCUGCCCCGAGAAACACAAAAGCCGUACUGUCCACCACCUACAACCUUAGCGUGUGUGAAUCGGGGUGGUACGACCACAGCAAAGAGAUGAUUAGGAGCGAACUGAAGUCAGUGCCGUGUGAACAGCUGCAGCAAGUCUUUCCGUUUGUCAGGCGCCAGGCUGCAGUAGGCGGCCAUGGAGGUUGUAACGAGAGUCUCGUCUUAAAUGGAAAUGUGUUGGCGUGGGUGGUGCUGAGCGGUGUGCAGUGCUAAGGUGGACUCUCUUGCCAGUUACUUUUGUUAAACCUUGAAUGUUUUUAUUUACAUUAUUAUAACAUGUUCCAGUUUUCUUUGCUCACCUACAUUCACUCAGCUGAAGGUAACAAAGGUGAGGAGCUGGUGUCAUGGUGGUCAGACAGGUAAAUAGUUUAUGAACCUGAUGGUAGCGUACACGAGUGAAAUGACUGGACAGCAGAAACCUACACAUAUUUGUCUUUGCUCGGUAUUUUGUUCUCUCAUUAUCAACAUCCUUUACUCCAUCAAUUAAAAGUCUUGUUUCGAAUCAU